AGUAUUGGGAGAAUGAGAGUCGAAAUGAUUUAUCCAUGUCCAAAUUGAUGUCAGUAAAUAUAAAGGAAGGAAGGCUUUCUGUUAAAAAAGAAAAACAAAGUAAGGAAGAACAAUUUCAUCUUAAUCAUCUCCUCGUUUUCUUGGUUCCAUUUACAUAAACCUCAAGCUUUUUUUCAUGGGGAUUUGACUCGGUUCCUUUUCUUGAGGAUUUGGAUUUCAAGAAAAUAUGGAAAAGGCAAGGAAUAUAGGUUUGGCCAUGGACUUUUCCAAGGGAAGCAAAUUAGGUCUCAAAUGGGCAAUCGAUAAUCUACUUGACAAAGGUGACACCCUCUAUUUCGUCCACGUCAAGCCCUCACAGGGAGAUGAGUCUCGCAACCUUGUUUGGUCCACCACUGGUUCACCUCUGAUUCCAUUGGUGGAGUUUCGUGAUCAGGAGGUAGCAAAGAAGCAUGACGUCAAACUUGAUCCAGAGGUUCUGGAUAUGUUAGACACUGUCUCUAGGCAGAAACAGGUGACUGUAGUGGCAAAAAUUUUCUGGGGAGAUGCAAGGGACAGAUUAUGUGAGGCAGUAGGGGAUCUAAAGCUUGACUGUUUGGUCAUGGGUAGCAGAGGCCUUGGUUCCAUGCAAAGGGUGCUGGUUGGAAGUGUGACCAACUACGUGAUGACAAAUGCAACUUGCCCUGUGACUAUAGCCAAGGAUCCAAAUGCUCAUGGGUUCUGAUUAAUUGCAACGGUGAUAUAUGCUUUUUCUUUCUUUGACUUGUCCCUGCUUGUAUUGAAAAGUAAGGGGUUCAGAGUUUUCUGCCGCUGUUCAAAGGCUAUCUUAAUAUUAUAUAAUAUUGUAGUUAUUAUUUAAAGGUUUCAUGUAUUUGAAUCUUGCUCCAUAUGGUUAUCUUCAACAUUUUUGAACGGU